GACGAGAUGCUGGUCUGUAUGAAGGAGACAUGAGACUAACGAUUGAUCAAGCACUAAUGAUCGAGAGUGGCGAGGUCAGAGGAUCAAUUAAAACUGGAAAAUGGCCUGAAGCUGAGCUGGCAUACGAAAUUGAUCCUUCUCUGAGUUCGCAGUCGAGGGCGAUGGCCGUUAUCCAGAGUGCAAUGCGCGAGUGGGAGCAGAAAACUUACGUACGCUUUAAGAAAAGAACCACAGAGACCGCUUACGUCUCAUUCUUUAAAGGUUCCGGGUGUUGGUCCUAUGUUGGAAGAACCGGCAGGAAGCAACAAUUGUCAUUGGCCAGUGGAUGUUGGUAUCACGGCAUUGUGAUCCAUGAAAUAGGUCAUGCACUUGGCUUUUAUCAUGAACAGUCUCGCCCUGAUCGAGACCAACACGUGACCAUUUUGUGGGAAAACAUCAGAGAGGCUAACAAACACAACUUCAAGAAGUACAGCACCAGUAUUAUUGACUCUCAUCAAACUCCUUAUGAUUAUGGAUCUAUCAUGCAUUACUCAUCUAGGGCAUUUUCAAAGAACGGAAAGCCAACAAUAGCGGUGGCCAAUGGGGCGACCAUUGGCCAACGCAAGGGACUGAGUCCGAUCGAUGCGAAACAAAUGAGCCGACGUUACUUCUGUCAGUCAGCUCCUGUCAAACCCUCAGGCUCAAAUUGCAACUUUGACAACGGACUCUGCACUGGAUGGACCCAAUCAAUAUCAGAUCAAUUUGAUUGGAGGGUUUAUAGUGGCUCAACUCCAUCGCGAGGGACAGGACCUUCUGCGGAUCAUUCUGGUUCAGGGAAGUACAUUUAUAUCGAGACAUCUCACCCACGAAAAGCCAAUGAAAAAGCAAUAAUCAAUUUUAGUGGAUAUUCCGGUGGCUCAGCCUGUCUUGCUUUCUAUUAUCAUAUGUACGGUGAUAAUGUCAAUCAACUGAACGUGUACCUCGGAAGUUCAAAGGUUUUCGCCAAGGCUGGUAACCAGGGAAAUGAAUGGAAGAAAGCUCAAGUGUCGAUAAAUGGAGGAGGAAACAUCGUUUUCGAAGGAAUCCGUGGAAGUGGCUGGCAAGGAGACAUUGCCAUUGAUGAUUUCUCCUUAACCGUGGGGUCAUGUGAAGAAGGAAUCCCAGACCCACCCGGUCCAACCACACCACCUCCUCCUGGUAACUGCGGAUUAAAGCCAAGUGUUCGUAUUGUCGGGGGGACAGUAGCUGCACAAAACAGUUGGCCUUGGCAGGCAAUGUUGCGGACUACGUCUGGAUUUCCAUUCUGUGGUGGCUCAUUAAUAGCACCUCAAUGGGUAGCCUCCGCUGCUCACUGUGUUCGAGGGAAGUCGCCUAGUAGCCUAAUGAUAAGAUUGGGUGCUCACAGAAGAAUCGGUAGGGUCGGAACGGAGCAAGACUUCAAGGUUGUCAAAAUUAUCUCCCAUGCAAGCUAUCAUAACCCCGUAAGAUAUAGUUACGAUAUUGCGUUGAUAAAACUCGAGAAACCAGCCAACUUGAACAAAGCAGUUGGACUAGUUUGUGUUCCAGAUGGCAACAGUCCAGCGAUGCCAAUCGAUAAUUUGAGCAAGAAGUGUUGGAUAACAGGGUGGGGAAGGUUAGCUUCUGGAGGGGCUACUCCUGAAAAAUUGAUGCAAGCAUCGGUGCCUCUUGUCUCAAAAUCGAGGUGUCUUAAGGGUUACCCGAACAUGAUCCACGACUCCAUGCUGUGUGCAGGACUUGAUAAGGGUGGAGUCGAUGCUUGCCAGGGCGAUAGUGGCGGUCCGCUGGUCUGUCAAUACAAUGGCAGAUGGUUCUUGGAAGGAGCUACUAGUUGGGGUCAUGGAUGCGCUGGCCCUAUGAAGUACGGUGUGUACGCAAAAGUACGUUACGUCAAGAGCUGGAUCGAUCAGAUCAUGAAGAGCAACUGAAUCAAGUGCUAUUUGUACCAGCUCUGAAGUGAUGUCUAAUCAAAUAAAAUUUAAUGAU